AUGACUGAAGUCGAGAAUUAUGAUGCGUCCUCGCUGGAGGUGCUACUCCAGGAACUGUCCGAUGACCUGCCCAGUGAAAUCCAAUCAUUACUAGAGUCGCCAGCGUUACACAGUGAUAUAUUGAAAUACUUGAAUGAUAUCAGUUCAAUUGAAUCAAAUGACUAUUUAUCUUCAAUCCCACCCACCCCAGCAGCUAAUAGGGAUGGAAACAUAGUGGAAGAGAGAACAUUGGUUCAAGAUAUUGCUGAGUUAGAAGCUAAUCAAAGAUCCAUUGAUUCAAAAUUGAAAAACCUGAUAAUCAAAUCACAAGGUUCAAUUAUUGAAAAUGAAAUUGGGUUAAAAGAUGCUUAUCAAUCUUUUGACACUGAAUUUGCACAUAAUGCAAAAUCACUUUGGAGAACUUUCAAAGAUGAUGACAUUGAUGAAAUUAAAGAUGAUCAAGAUCAAGAAUUACAAGAACUAGAAUUUGAUUUGGAUCCAACAACAAAGCAAGAUACAUUUUAUCAAACGAUUUCCAAUAUCAAAAACACACAACUAAAUGAGACUGAAAAACACAAAAAUCUUUCAAUUGUUUUAGAUAACAUGGAUCAAAUAUUGAAUGUAUUAGAAUUACCGUCGUUAGCAGGUGCGUGUAUUAAAGCAGGCUAUUAUUCAGAAGCACUUGAGAUCAGUUCAUAUACAAGAAGAUUGGCGAUCAGAUUCCCAAACAGUGACUUGGUUAAAGAAGUGGAAGCUGGUGUUAAAUCAGAAAUGUCCAUGAUGUUGACUGGAUUGAUUAGACUAUUAAGAACAAAUUUGAAACAAUCAUCCAUAAUAAAGAUCUUGUCAUAUCUUAGAAGAAUACAACCAUUCAGUCAAUCCAAUAAUGCUGAUGAACAACUGAAAAGAAUCUUACUGCACUCUCGUUACGAGUUUAUUAAGCUGGAAUUAUCUUCCCUAUUACCAUUGAGAGAAAGCGCAUUGCAUGAAAAAUAUUUGAAGAGAAGUAUUGAAGUUAUCAGAGAGUUUUGUUUUGGUUCAAUUAUGACAUAUAAGAGUAUCUUCGCAGAUAUUGAUGAUUUCGAAUUAGAAGAUGUAAAGAUAGAAUUGGAAGAGGUUGAACAAUCAGAAGAACAAAUUCCAAAAGUUGAAAAGGAAGAAGAGGUAUCGACCCAAGCCGAAGCAAGUGAGACUAAAGCGAACAAUGCAAAGGAAGAGGGAGAUGCAGCUGAAAAGGAAUUCAAUGAUGAAUCCAAACUGGAUGCUGAUUCAAAGGAUCAAAAGGUGGAAGAAGGAUCAGAAGACAACAAAGAAGAGGAUGUACCUGCAGAUUCUCUGGAACAAAAACAGGAUGAGAACAAACAGACCGAGCAAAAAGAUAAGUCUACAGAUGAUGCGGAUGAGUUAAAAGAAUUGAAAGAGCCAACUCCAGAGAAACCUAUUAUCAAAUUACUCGAAAACAGAAAACAAUCCAACAUCUUAUUAUUCGAGUUUGUCCGCAAUGUUUUGAUUGAACUGAUACAAAACUUGAAAGUUUCAUUACUAGAAGUCCACGAAAAGUCAAUUAGAGAUGGCCUCUACUUGCAAUUGAUUUACUGUUCCCAGAGUUUAGGUAGAAUUGAUGAGAACUUCAGUGAUUUGAUGACAGUCACGUUGUUGAAUGCUAAAGAUGAAAAUUCCAAACACAUCAUUGAUAGAGAAUCUUGGGCCGUAUCCAUUCAAAAACAACAACAACUAGCUAAAAGUUUGAAUCGAUGA